AUGAGGAGCUUUGGUCUUCUCUCUUCCGCUGUUGCCGAUCCGAUAUUUGUCAGCAACAGGUCCUCGCCUGCGGCUACCCGAGUACCUGGCUCCGCUCCACCUGAUUUGGCCGCUGGCAUCCAUCGGCGCCGCCUCCUUCCUGGUUUCCGCCAUGUUGCCUCCCUGCCUCUUCUUUCUGCCCGCCAGUCUGCCCCGCCGCUCCCGUUUCCACAGCUUAGCUGUCCAAGCUCCCUCCGUUGUCUCUCAUCUUCCGCGCUCGUGCUGCCUCGCCGCUCGGCUACGCCGGCUCCACGAGGCUCGAAGCGCGCAAGCGGCGUUGCGGCGAAGGCCGUGGAUCGUCUAGCCUUCCUGGCGUCUUCAGGGCGCCCGACAUCUGCGCUUCCCUGGCGCAGUGCGACGCUUCAUCUGCGCGACCAUUUGGACAGCCUCGAGUUGCCACUGCAUGCGCCCGCCAUCGCGCAAGCCUUCGCACUGCUUGGCUGCCACCGGCCUCUGCGGCACAGCCCAGUUCUACUCCGCCUCCUCCUCCACCAUGUUCUCCAAAAGCCCCACGCCGCGUCCGCCGUCUACGCUGCCUCAAAUGAAGAGGCUAUCCGCCGGAUAGUUCAGCACCAAGUAGCCGACCUCGCCCGCACGCUUUCCCUCUCCAGAGUGGCUGCUUCCUCGCGCGCGGUUCAGGCGCGAGCUGCACACGAGCUGUCUCCCUCGCCUUUUGAGGGCCCCGAUGCCCUUUGCUUGCCUCAGCUCGCAGAGGCAGGAGAUGCACGGGACGGUGAAGGCGAGCAGAGGACUUGGCGUGGAGGAGCGAGUGCCGGGGAGCUGCGCCAUCUGGGCAAUUCAGUCUUUUCAGAGGGCGACGCGUGGGUUCGUGACUGUUUUUCAGACAGUGAUAAAAGAAGGAUUCUCAUCGGGUAUCGUCAAGCCGCGUCUCUGCGGUCGGUCCUGCGGGCUUUGUCUCCGUUUCUGUAUCGCCUGUUUCUCUUUUCGGCUGGCGACGUGCCCAGUGUGGCGGCUGCGGCUUCCCCCGUCCCAGAUCUGUGGGUGCAGGAGCUGGCAGGCCUCGACGGCGAGGCGCACACGGGAAGACCGACUUUGUGGGAACUCGACGAAGGCCUUGAACGCGAGAGAACUCUCGAGGAAGAUAUCCAGCUUCUCGAUAUGUUGGCUGACGCCCUCGCAGUCGGCGCGGGCCCCGCCACCGGCGCCAAGGGGUCGUCCCUCCACCUGGCGGCGCCAGGUGGAGGGGCGACUCUGACCAGAAGCGAUGCGGUGGAAAGUGCUCAGGCGAGGGAGCGGGCGCUCGCGGACGCAAGUCAGCCGGAUGGAGUGGUGCUUACGCACCGGGACGAACCCAGCCGAGGAGAAGAGGCAGCUCGUCCGCGUGGUUCCACAGACAGAACGAAUGUCUCGUCGGUGUCUGCGUUCGAAGGCAUUUUGUGGAGCUUCUUGGAGCGGUGCUGCGAACGCACACUCAGUAGUCUCGAGAGAGGGGAGGGCCGGGGAGAACAAGAGAAGCGGAAAACGACUCAUCUUCUCCCUCUGCUUGCCACUGCAGCUAGCACGAUCCUGGUGAGGCUGUCAGAGUCAGCGGAGCGUCAGGGUCCUCUCCUCAAGCAAGGGGCACCUGCAGCAAAGACGGCUCCAGACGCCGGGCUGUUGCAUUCACCUUCUGAAGCUAGUCCCAGCUCCUGGGAUGUUGCUUCGCUCUGUCGGUUGCAGCGAACUGCGUCUCGAGUCCAGCGCAUGAUUCUACGGGCCUCUCUCCCAGACUUUGCGCACAGCGACGUGUUCGUCGCCCUUCCAGCUUCGGCGCUGGCGCUUGACCGGGUGCAGCGCUCUGUGGCUGCUCUGCUUGAGUCUGAGGUCGAGAGAGAGGAAGGAGAGGGCGGAGACGCCCUCGAGGGCGAGCGGGGCGCUGAAGGCGUGGGUCAGCGGCCAGUCGCGCACGUCCAAGGAGAAGCCCCAACAGAUCUGCGGGGGGAAGGGGUCGCAAGCGGCCGCAGGAGUGAUUUCUGGGGUCCGACGAAGACGAGAAGGGAGGAAUUUCAGGGACAGAGUGAGGAACGAAGAGCUCUCGGGCGAGCUCUCAAUGCGCGGCUGUUCCAAGAGGCAGACAGGCGAGCGGCGGACGCGACGCUCUUCGCUGACGACGUCGUUGACUGCAUGAAUACAAUUGUCAAGGUGGGAUGGGCGCGGCCUUCGACAGUUACGGUACUGUUGAGGGCUCUAUGCAACCGCACAGACCUUACCCAACCCCACGUUGUCACCAUGUUGGCUGGUCGCAUUCCGGUUACAGAUGACUUCUCCGCGGAGCAAAAGGAAGACCUCGCCGAAGCUCUCCGCCUCCUCGAGGCCUCCGUAGGCCUGCAAGCGAGGCCAGAUGGCCGCCGCGUGCAGACGGCGGGGGCUGCCGUGUCGAGAGCGUCCUCUAUGAGCAAAAACGCGCCGCGAUCCCGUCUCGCCUCUCAGGCAGUCGCUGCAGAUAUUGCUUUUUUCUCUGCUGCAGACCAACGUAGAAAUGAGCUUGCAGGGGACAGUGCACAAGCAGCAGCAGGCCGGAUGCCAGGUGACGACACACAGGGGACAGCCGUCAAAGACACGGCCGAGGAUACGGCGCAGGUGGCCGCGUAUCUCGAAAUGAUACGGACGCAGAAAAUUCUGGAAAGGAAGCAUCGAUCACGCAUUUCCUGGAGCACUCGAAGGUGGUGA